GAUUUACUUUUGACCCCGGAAACUGUUGAUCUUAUAGCUUUACCGUUAAGAGGGUAAACAGUAACGUUACUAUUUAUUCCCAUAUGCAUGUUAAAAGAAACACUUUUUGAUAAUGGGAGUCUAUGCAACGGCAAAAUAACAUGAAACAGUCUUUAACAAUAGCUAAUGUUAUGAGUGUUCUGUUUAACUAGCUAACUUUAUAUCAAAAGCAUCGCGUUAGCUGCAGUUAGCUAACUGACUAACGUUAAACCGUUUAACUUAUCACACACGAGCACAAACGCUCACUCUCAAAUCUUAAAUGUCCAAUUCACCUUAAUCACUCCACAGAGGAGAGUUUUCAAUCCCUGCUCACAACUGCAUGACAAAGGUAAAACUUUGAAGAACCCCCUCCAGCUGUUUUGCGGUCAGAGAUCUGGCUGAAAUGGAUGUCAGCAUUGCCGUGUCACUGAUUCGAGGCCAGAUGGGUGCAGUGGUUGAGCGAGCAGUGAACGGAGCAGUGGAGACGGUGCUGGCUGAGAUGCUCAAAGUGGUCGGAGUCAAGUUUGAGGAGCUGAAAACCCAAGUUGUGCUGAUGAAGAGGGACAUCAUGGCGCUGCAGCGGGAAAAGGCCGUAAAAGAGAAGGAGAAUGACAACAUUCGAGCCAAGCUGCGCUACACCGAGCUGAAGCUGAAAUACUACAGGCAAGGAGUGGAGGAGGAGCUGCAGCAGAGAGCCUCUGCCUCCACUCUUGUCCGCAUCCACCCGUCCACCUUCACCCAAGCACAAAGAGGUGGUGCAAGUGUCUCCUCCACCGAGACCUCUCCAUCAUGCCCAACUCAGACCAAGACCUCCGAGGGACAACUGACGAGAAGCAAUCAAGAAUGUUGCUCCUCUACAGAGAGCACGAGCAGGUGUGCGAUCAGAGUGCGCUGUCAUUCGGAUGUGGGAGUUGCCAGCUCCGAACCAUCGGACUUGCUGCUGCCCGUCUCGCUCUCUGUGAACACACUAACUGAAUCUGACAGCAGUACAGAUUUGAAAGUUUUGUUCUGUUCCACAGAUCAAGACACAGCUCAGAGGAAAGAUGAUGAUCAGGAGGACGACUGUGAGUGGACCAUCACUCUGCAGCCGCAAACAGAAAGUGUGGACGCUGUCAUGGCCCCUCCUCCUGUCCAGGCCCUGACUGUCGAUCUGGGGCAGCAAUCAGCCGCUGACUCACUGUCCCCAAAUUGUUCCACCCAGGCCGAUAGCUCCACUGUGCCCUCCUCUGUUUCACAGGUGAAGCAGCAGGAGGAGGAGGUGGUGAUCUGUAUCAAAGAGGAGCCGGAGGACGAACAAGAGGAGAUGGCCACUCUGCUGCUGGACUGCCAGGUGCAGCAGAGUCAUCUUCCAGAGUCAGAGGCUCAAAGCUCAUUGACAGAGUGGUCAGGCCUUCCAGCUAGCCAGAGAAAUCACACUACAGCCUUCAGCUCAGCCGGACCAAGCACAUAUCUGAUACCUCAGCCUGCGGCCUCCCUGCCGUCGAUGGCGGCCUUGCCACUCGGCAUCCCACCUCGCCAGGCCAUGCGGCCCUGGACUAAAGACCUCAGCCUUUACGAAGAAUACAAACUGCGCAGGAAUGAGCUCCGAAGGCGAAGCCUCAGCAGACGCAGAGAGCUGGAGAAAACACUGCCUCAGCCGCUGCUGGCAGAUCUGGUGCGAGAGCGUCGAGAGAAGACCAGACUGAGGGUGGCCAGGUGGAGGGCAAAAAGGAAACUCCAGGCCUGUCUUGACCAGGUUCAGACUCAAGGUGGCGCUGAAGGUCUUUCUCAAACUGGCUUUCCCAUCAGCAGCCCGCAUCAGCCGCUCAGAGGGCCCUGUGCUGCCACCUCGAGCAGUCUGCAGAGACCGAGCUCAUCACUGCCUCAGUCCAACAGCUUCCUCAACAUGUCCGCAGCAAACAGCAUCUCCUCCACUCUCCCCUUCAUAACCUGCACCUCGUCGUCUUCUCUGCUCCUGAGAGGCCCCAACAUGGCUCCACAUCAGCACACUGUGACGUCAUCAUCCUCUUCCUACCCCCAGGUCAGCCUAUCGCAGCAGAGUAUCUCUCUGGCAGACACAGAUCUCUUGCAGUGAUAUUUUUGACAUCGCCACGCACAGAGAGAUUUUAGGAAUGUGAAUGGCAAAUAUGUCAUUGUUGGUGUUCAGGAGGGGUCCGAACUCAAAUGGUGAUGCAGCUUUGUGUCGUCAGCCAUUGGAGCUUCGUUAAUAAAACGCACUGUCAAACUACUGGUAUAAUUUUGCAUAUAAUUUGACUUCCAUUGACAACACAAUAAAGCCAAGCCUGCAUGCUCAAACUGAAUAACUUUAUUCGCUGAGCAUACAUGACAAUGUUUCAAUCAAUCAGGUCGAGCUUACAAGCACCUUAUCCCCACCCAUAUGUAGAGAUAAAAAAAAUCAGAGCAACAGAUAUUGAUCUUUGUCUUUGCUGUUAUAUACUCAUGAGAUAUCAUUUACCUUCAUUUCACAUAAGUUACACAUAAAAUCCAGUAUCAGUAGACCAAAACGGGCAACUGUAAACUCAUACAUAUACACAAAAAUAACACAUUUAAAAUUUUAUUUGAACUAUUUCUCAGUCUAAAGUAUUUAAAUUUAGUUCUUUGUAGUUUAAUGAAGUGUAUAUAUGUGGAAACCAUCAAAGUGAAAUGAUUGUCUGAUUUGACUUAUUUCAGAGGCAAUGUAUCAUCAUGUUUUUAGUGUGCAAUGUGACUGUCUUUUAAAUAUUGUGUGGCUGAUUUUGUAAUAAGUGUUGAAAUGUGUAUGAGACACGCAUCUCUACUUGGCCUGAGGUGGAAGAUAAAUAAGAAAUUAUCUGAUAAGUGUUACUUUUUGUCGAGAAACCACCUUUGACAGAUACUGAUUUGAGUUGUUUACUAGAAACAUCUCAUGGCUGCUAACAAGAAAAAUACUUCAAUUUUGCAGUUUGACCAACUCACAAAAGUUAUAAUAAAUGCAGCUAAUAUAAGAA